AUGGGAAGGGAGAAACGGACAUGUCAAGGUAAACAACACUUCAGCCAUCCACACAUCUUGAAACCAAUUGUCAAUCCAACUGAAACUCUCACUUGCAAUGCUUGUGAGCAACCAAACAUUACUAGUAAUUUCUAUGGCUGCAAUACCUGCCAAUAUUACCUCCACCAAAACUGCCUCAACGCUCCGCGUUUUCUUGAUCAUUCUUCUCAUCCAUCUCACCACUUGACCCUUCUCCCAAUUCCGACUUACUCGAAUCGUUCUUACACUUGCAAGGCUUGUGCCUCUGCUGGAAAUGGUUUUAGUUUUAGCUGUGCACGCUGCGAAUUCGAUGUCCACAUGCACUGUGCUCUUUUGCCCCAAACUGUCUUCCUGUCCCAGCACCAUCAUCAUGAUCUUGAGCUCAUAUUUGAAUCCCCUUUUUAUGAUGAUGCCGAUGAUGAAAGCACCGUUUUUGUUUAUGAUCUCUGUCGCGACAAUGUUGAUCUUAAUAACUGGUUGUAUUAUUGUGCUGAUUGUGAUUUUGGUACACAUCUUGAAUGUGCCAUUUCCAAAUCUGUCAGCCAACAAGAACGUCCGAAACUGUUGGGCAACAAACCAAGAGAAAAUCCAGUAGUAAUCAGGAAAACAGAGGAGGUACCCAUCAAGAACGAAAAAGAAAUCAAUCAAGAAGAAGAGGCAGAGGAAGAAGAAGAAGAAGCAGAAGCGGAAGACGAAGAAGAGGAGGAAGAAGAAGCAGAAGAAGAGGAAGCAGAAGCAGAAGCGAAAGACGAAGAGGAAGAGAAGGAGGAGGAGGAACUCAAUUAUCCAAGAUCAAUUCUUAUUGACAAACAUCAACAUGAGUUGGAGCUCUGCUUUGGUUCUCCUUACGAAGAUAAGGAUACCCUAUUUGCUUGUGAUAUCUGCAAUAUCAUAAUGGACUCGGACGAAUCCUUGUACUAUUGUGCUGAUUGUGAUUUCGGGUCGCACUUGCACUGUGCAUCUCCUGAUGCUGAUGUUCUUCCGUCAUCACAUCAACGUCGAAAUCCAAAUCCAAAAUAUCAAAUUCCAAAUGUAAAUUCAUCAGUGGAGAUGAUAAAUUCAGUUAGUGAUGCUCAUGAGCGGCUUAUAGCAGCUCAAAUUGAAUCUCAGAUUGCAAGACGAGGAAGACAGGCUAUACUGGAUUCGAUAGACGGGCCAUCACCAAGACGCUAUUACUACUAGCUGCUAUCCACUUUUUCAAUUCAUGUUGAUUUUCUGCAAAUC